AUGGCAUACGAUGGAGGCAAACUCAAGUCGACCUCCAUCAAUGGUGUCAAGAUGUACAGCGUUGCUUCCCAGCAACGUUCUCUCGCCACCUGGCUUGACCCUAAGAAGCGUCGAGCGCUUCGCAAAGACCAAAAUUAUAUGCAAAGGGUGGACUUGAUCCAGGACUUGAGAUUUGAAACUGCAACUACUAAAAUCAAGGCAACUCCUGAUGGGGAGUUCCUAAUUGCUGCAGGUAUUUACCCACCACAAGUCAAAGUAUAUGAGCUGAGGGAACUUUCACUCAAGUUUGAAAGGCACUUGGAUUCAGAGAUAAUUGAUUUUGAGGUUUUGGCUGAUGAUUAUUCAAAGCUUGCGUUUUUAUGUGCUGAUCGCUCUGUUUAUCUACAUGCAAAAUAUGGAAAACAUUACAGUGUGCGAAUUCCAAGAAUCACCAACCCAUUAAAGAACUACCAACUCCUUAGAAAUGGGGAAAGAAUGGGAAGGGACAUUGUGUAUGAUUGCUGGUCUUGUGACUUGCUUUGUGCUGCCUCUUCCCCAGAAUUGUACAGGAUUAAUCUGGAACAGGGGCGGUUUCUCUCUUCCCUGAGCACACAAUCAACGGCACUAAAUGUAGUUUCUCGGAGCAAGCUUCAUGGUCUAGUUGCUUGUGGUGGUGAGGAUGGUGCUGUGGAGUGUUUUGACUUGAGGGUAAAAUCUUCGGUUGGUAGAAUUAAUGCUGUCGCACCUGCUGGUGACAUUGACCAGGUACUCGUCUAUGACUUGCGUUCAUCGCAUCCUAUACAGGUUAAGGAUCACAUGUAUGGCAGCCCGAUAUUAGACAUUAAGUGGCAUCAAACUCUUAAUUCUGAGGCGCCAAAGUUAAUGACCACUGAUAAUCACAUUGUUAGAAUAUGGGACCCUGACACAGGUGAAGGCAUGACCAGCAUUGAGCCAACUGCUGGAACAAUUAAUGAUAUAUGUGCAUUUCCUAGGAGUGGAUUGAUGUUGCUGGCUCUAGACUGCAGUCAGAUUCCAUCUUAUUUUAUUCCUGAACUUGGACCUGCACCCAGUUGGUGUUCGUACCUGCAAAACCUUACUGAAGAGCUAGAGGAGGGUGGACAGACGACCAUCUAUGAUGAUUUCAAAUUUUUGACAAAAGAAGACCUUGAGAGGUUGAAGUUGACUGGUCUCAUCGGAACCAAUCUCCUCAGAGCUUACAUGCAUGGGUUUUUUAUUGAUUAUCAGUUGUAUAAAAAGGCAAAAGCUUUGGCAGAGCCUUUUGAUUAUGCUGAAUACAGAGAACAACAGAAACGAGAGAUGCUAGAGAAAGAACUUGCAGGAGAGCGAAUUACGAUUAAGAGGAAAUUGCCCAAGGUCAAUCGAACUCUUGCAAAGAGUAUUCUUGAUAAUGAAGAUGCAGAGAAUGAAAUUAAAGGUGCUGAUAGCAAUGAGACUAAGAAGCCAUCAAAGAAAAAGAAGGCACUUGGUAGUGAAAUUCUCAAAGAUGAGCGAUUCGGAAAUAUGUUUGAAAAUAAGGAUUAUCAAAUUGAUGAGCUCUCGCAAGAGUAUGUGGCUUUACACCCUAUGCCUUCUAAGAAGCAACCAUCGUUGGUGGAGGAACAUUUCAAACCUGCCAUGGAGGAUGAAGAUCAGAACUUAAGUGAUUCUGAUGCCUCCGCAUCAUCUUUGUCAUCAGAGGAUGAACCUGGCCAUGAAAAGAGUAAAAUGAAAAAGAAAGGACGAACUCCAAGAUUGUAUGAAGUGAAGGAUGAGCGGCAUGCAGAAGCAUUCUUAAAUCAUGAGUCAUUUGCAAAGGAGGAAUUACUUCCAUUGGGUGAGAGGGUAGCAGCUCUCAGAGAUGAUCGGCGGGUUUCUGCUAUCCCAAGUGAUGUUAAGCUGGGACCCGGAGGUUCACGUGAGAUUUCCUUUAGAGCUAGAAGCUCAGCCAAGUACAAAGAGGACGAGGAGGAUGGAGAAGCACAGCGUGGAAAGAGGAGGGGAGUUCAAUCAUUGGGACUAAAACCAAAUAGUAACGGAUUUGGAAGUCGAGGGAGAGGAGGCAGGGGAGGUAGAGGAGGCAGAGGAGGAGGGAGAGGCGGCCGAGGGAGAGGAGGGCAUCGCGGGAGAGGUAGAAGUGGUGGGUGGUAA